AUGGCGGACACAGAUCGGGCUCCCGACAAGGCGGAGGACAACCCUGAUUUCCUGGCUAGGCUGGACAGGAUUUUCGACAACUUCUGGCGCAAGCUGGAAAGUAAGCAGCACCAGCAUGUCCGGAGCCUGCCAGGUGACUACUCGCAGCGCAAACCAACCCCGGUCACACAGCAGAAGGCCGCAGUUGCGAGGCCCUGCCGAGUUCUAACAUGGCGGCGAGGCGGGAAACGCGCCGUGCAGAGAGGCGCAUACACCCACCCAGGUAAACUACCAGAGGGUAAAAGCUCACCUCGGAGACACCCUCCAAAAUCAGCAACGGCAUCAGAGGGAGCAGUCUCCUCAUGGGGGUGCAACCUACUUAAUGACACCCACAUACCCAGGAAACGCAGCAACAUGCACCCACGGUGA